AUAAUUUAUUGUUUCAUGAUUUUAGGAGAUUAUGAUUGGAAACACGGUAAUGUGUCUGGUGCAGUAUAUUACCAUAAUCAGCAACUCAUCCAAUUACUAAUGAAUGUUUAUGGAAAAACUUCUUAUACAAAUCCAUUACAUUCUGACAUUUUCCCUGGAAUUUGUAAGAUGGAGGCGGAGGUUGUGAGAAUUACUGCUAAUCUUUUCCAUGGAGGACCAAACACAUGUGGAACGAUGACCAGUGGUGGUACAGAGUCCAUAAUGAUGGCUUGCAAAGCUCUUAGAGAUUACAGUUUCCAUGAACGUGGCAUAAAACGAGGUGAAAUAGUACUACCAAAGACUGCACACCCAGCUUUUGACAAAGCUGCUCUGUACCUAAACAUGAAGAUUACUCAUGUGCCAGUGGACCCCAUAACUCUGGCUGUGGACAUUCACAAGAUGCGGCGAGCAAUAUCCAAAAAUACUGUUAUGCUGGUUGGCUCAGUUCCAAAUUUCCCAUAUGGCACAGCAGACAACAUAGAAGAAAUCACAGCUCUUGGAAGGAAACAUAACAUCCCUGUCCAUGUUGAUUGUUGUUUGGGAGGUUUCCUGACAGCCUUUAUGCCUGCGGCGGGGUUUCCAGUUCCAAACUUUGAUUUUGCACUACCAGGAGUAGUUAGUUUGUCAGUGGACCCACACAAGUUUGGUUUCACACCAAAAGGAGCAUCAGUAGUACUUUAUGCUGACAAAAAAUAUCGUCAUCAUCAAUACACUGUGACCACAGACUGGCCUGGGGGUGUGUACGGCUCACCCACAGUUAAUGGUUCUCGUUCUGGAGGUAAUAUAGCAGUAUGUUGGGCAACAUUGAUGCAUUUUGGAAUCGAAGGUUACAUAGCAGCAACAAAAGAAAUCAUUUCAACAACUAAAUACAUAGAGGAAAAACUUCGUGAAAUAGAGGAAAUUUAUGUAUUUGGUAGACCAAUUACUUCAGUCAUUGCUUUUGGCUCCAACAAAUUUCACAUUUUCAAGUUAUCAGAAGUACUCUCAGCCAAAGGUUGGAAUUUGAAUCCACUGCAGUUUCCUUCUGGAAUCCAUAUUUGUGUUACUCACAUGCACACUGAACGGGGUGUGGCAGAUCGGUUUCUGUCUGAUGUGAAAUCUGGUGUCACAGAAAUCAUGAAAUUACCUGAUCGUAAAGACUUAUCAAAGGGAAAAAUGGCCGUGUAUGGAGUGGCACAAAGCUUGCCAGACCGGUCUAUUGUUGGUGACAUCACGUGUUCAUUUCUAGACUCCUUGUACUUCACUCCACAGCAUCACAGUAAUCAAAAUGGACAAAUCUAGUCAAUUAUCAGGAAUUUUUUCUUGCUGUUCAACUUGUGAUAUUUAUAUUAUAUACAUCGAGGAAUUUAUAUUUUUGUUACCUGUAUAUCAGAAAAUAUUUUACAGUCGCCAUUAUCUAUAUUCAAUCUAUAAUGUAUGUUACUAUUUUAAAGGAAGCACUAUCUUGUUAUGUAAAAAUAAUAUUAUUUUAUCCAAGUAUACAAUAAAUAUGACUUUAGUAUUAAAAA